CGCGCUUCUUCCUUCCUGCGACACCGAUCUCCACUUCCCCUGGCCAGAGUCGGCCGUUCAAUGUCGCCUAGCGCGUCCAAUCCGGGCUAUCCUCCCUUUCUUUCGCCGCCCACUGUAGAUACCCGUCCAUCCCACCCCGCGCAGUACCAGCCCCAGCCCCAGUAUCACCAGCGAUAUUUCGACCACCCUCCCCAGCAUACUCGCUAUUCCCCGGCCACAUACGAGUACUCUCCAUUGGGGAUAGAAGGCGCGCCUGAACACGUUCGUCCCGUCACAUUCGCUGGCGGAGGUCAACAACCAUUUGCAGCCAACCAGCACUACUCUCUGCAUCAACAAGUCCCACAAAAACAGCCCCAACUUGGCACACCUGAGCAGCUUUCCGUACCAUCCCAAUACCCGUACCAAUCCACGCACGAUCAGUUCCCCCGCCUGGUUGCUUCGUCCCACCUGCCAUACGGCUCUCCUAUCAGUACCUUGCACUACCCGCAAGUCUCACAGGCGUCAGUUCCUGAAUCGCCGUCACUGCGGCCAGAAUCCCGAGGGAAUUCAUUGGCACCCGGAUUCCAACAAAAUACCCAAGCAGAGACCUCUACAAGCUGGCCACUGCCCCCGAUUCACCCGCUCCCAUUCUCUGAAACCCCUCCGAGAGCUUCACUGCCCACUACCACAAUCGUGCCUUCUCAAAACGGUUUUAACCUGGCCAACACAUCCACCAAAAUCCGUUUUCGCCCGCCCCUGUCGCCUGUCGCUAUCUCGGGAAUGGUGUCAAGUCGCUCAACUCGCCGGUCUUCCCAGGUCCACCAAGAAGAACAGACUGUCGGUGCUUCUGGCCGUCCUCAACGAGGAGCAACGAGGCUCGCAGCGACGAAAUCAAUUUAUAAGGAAGAUGAUGAUGAGGAGCUAGAUGACGCAUAUAAUAGUGUUGUUGAUGAGGAUGUUGACGAGGGCGCAGACAGUACCAUCAAAGUCGCGCCAGCUGUGACCACGAGGUCGGGGAGGACACAGAAGGCACCCCAAAGGUUUGAGGACGAUUUUGAAGACGCUGUCACGUCAGCCAGUCCUGAAAUGCGGUCUGGUAGAAGAAUUGCGAGAGGAAAAGCGAAAAGAAGGCUCAUCGUUGAUCCUGAUGAAGAUGAGGAGGGAAACGCCGUUCCACCACCUAGAAAUGCUUUUCCACCCAGAUCCGCGAGGAACUCCCUAGCAUCUGCCAACAUUGACUCUGCUCUGCAGCAGCCAGAUGUUGGAACUUCUUAUCCUAAUGGCAAGAGGUCCUUACGAAGCGAUGCUCGCGCUGCCACCCGCACUCGGCAUUCCUCUGCUGAUGCUGACGAAUUCGAGCCAACGGAAGGAGAGUCGACAGAAGGGCGCGCAUCGAGUGAUCCUUUGGGAAAUUACGACGAAGAACCCGAGGAGGAGGAUUUCGUUGUGUCUGACGACGACGACUCAGGAUAUGGCAAACGCAGGUCCUCUCGCCGACGCACCACUCGUGCAACGGCCCGCAAUACGCGGUCCACAGCUCUUCCCACUCGCCGUAGUACCCGCUCAUCGGCGAAAGCUCGUGCGCUUGACAGUGAUGAGGAUUCGUCUCCUCACAAACGACCGAACCUUCGAGAGCGCACUUCCCGACCAAAUUACCAUAUCCCCACGUUGGAAGAGCUUAGCAAAGAAAUAUCAACACAAGAAGCUUUAGCGGCUGUGGCAGGCGGCAGUGGAAGAGCAGCUGGUGGUUUCAGGGGAGCAGGCGGCGUCAGAUAUGGUGGAGUUGGAUUACCAUUUGCCAUGAGGGCGAAGGAUCUGACGCAAGCUAUGGGUGAUCCUGAUACGAGUGAUUCGGAUGACAUGGACUUUGCGUCUCCCUUCAAAAGCGGAGCUGCUGGCCCAUCCAUGUCAGGCGGUACUGCUGUAGCUGCACGAGGAGCUGCUGGACCAUCCGACGUGCCCAACUUUGGCAGGAUUAACCCCAAGUCCACCACGGCAGAUGCCGAUCCUCUUGGAGUAGAUAUGAAUGUCACCUUUGACAACGUCGGCGGUCUCGAUAAUCAUAUUAAUCAACUCAAAGAGAUGGUUGCUCUUCCUUUACUGUAUCCCGAGCUCUUUCAACAGUUUGGUAUCACCCCUCCUAGAGGUGUUCUGUUUCAUGGCCCCCCUGGUACCGGCAAAACGCUUUUGGCCCGAGCCUUAGCAGCAUCGUGUAGUUCUGGUAAUACCAAAAUCUCAUUCUUCAUGAGGAAGGGUGCCGAUGUACUCUCCAAAUGGGUCGGAGAAGCUGAACGUCAGCUUCGAAUGUUAUUUGAAGAAGCAAGAGCAUCUCAACCCAGUAUCAUCUUUUUCGAUGAGAUUGAUGGAUUAGCGCCCGUCAGGAGUAGCAAGCAAGAUCAAAUUCAUGCUUCUUUGGUUUCCACACUGCUGGCUUUGAUGGACGGCAUGGAUGGUCGAGGCCAGGUCAUUGUUAUAGGUGCUACUAACCGCCCUGACGCCGUCGAUCCUGCUCUUCGUCGCCCUGGCCGUUUUGAUCGCGAAUUCUACUUUGCCCUUCCCAAUCGCGAGGCGCGCAAAAAAAUUAUUAGCAUCAACACUCGUAGCUGGGAGCCCAAGCUGUCGGAUGAGAUGCUUGAUAAAUUGGCGAGCCUCACCAAAGGAUAUGGUGGUGCAGAUCUACGAGCUCUUUGUACUGAGGCCGCUCUAAAUGCCAUACAAAGGCGCUAUCCUCAAAUUUACAAGACGGUUGAUAGAUUGCAAUUGGAGACAAAAAGUAUACAUGUGAAGGCAAAAGAUUUCAUGUUGUCCAUCAAGAAAAUCGUCCCCUCUUCUGCCAGAUCAACGUCCUCCCCUGCCAUUCAACUUCCCUCUCAUCUACUUCCUCUUCUUUCAGUGCCUCUUGAGCGUAUAAAUUCUGCUGUCGAUCAUGUUUUGCCACCCAAGACGCAGUCUACCGCUCUAGAGGAAGCAGAGUAUGAAGAUGAAGCUUAUGAAAGCUUUGAGAAGCAUAUCGUUUUACAGUCUCUAGAUAAGCUAAGAACAUUCCGCCCAAGAAUACUUGUGCAUGGGCAACCAGGGAUGGGGCAAAUAUUCUUGGGACCAGCCGUCUUGCAUCAUCUUGAAGGAUUCCACAUACAAAGUCUGGAUUUGGGCACUUUGUUAGGUGAUUCUACCAGAUCUGUGGAGGCCACUAUUGUUCAACUAUUUGUUGAAGCCAAGCGUCAUCAGCCCUCUGUCAUAUUCAUACCUUCUUUGUCCCAAUGGGCUUCUGCCGUUCCGGAACUUGCACGGUCCACUUUUAGCGCGCUCCUUGACGGGAUUCCACCAUCAGAUCCCAUUCUCUUGCUCGCCAUAGCGGACAGUCCCUGGGCUGACCUUCCUGCCGAUGUCAAAGCGUGGUUUGGGUUUGCUCGUGAAAAUAAAAUUGCAUUAGACUUCCCUAACACGUCCGAACGAUCUGCGUACUUCACCGAUCUCCUCGCCUCUGUUCGAAAGCCUCCGACAGACUUCCCUGAUGGUGUCCCUCGUCGUAAACGCGUAUUGGAAAACCUCCCACUGGCUUCUCCGCUUCCUCCUCGUCAACCAACUGAGGCGGAGCGUGCAAGAGAUGAAGAGAAAGAUCAGGCCGCGAGAAAUAUGAUGGUUGUCUCAUUUACGAAUCUGGUGAAGGAGUUUAUGAAAAGGUACAGGAAGGUUGUUGCGAGUGUCAAGGAUGACGCAAUGGAGCUCUCCAGAUGUCUCGUUGAGCAGGCUGCUGCGUCAGCUGCUCUUUCACAAUCUGCCACUGCCCUGAAAGGAGCUGAGGUAGUUUCAAACAUCAUUGAAGACGCCAACAAUAAUGCUGAGUCUCAAGUCAAUGAGGUUGAUGGAGGGAUGAACAUGCUUCCCACGACAGAGAAUCUAUCAGAAUCAUCAACAGGUGACAUUGCCAAUAUAUCAGCAGCUCCAGUCUCUGCCGUUAAUCAUCUCGCUUUACCCUCCGCUUCAGCGUCAACCUCAGCAGCCUUGAUUCCUACCCCAACUUGGCAGGCUCAUAAUGUUGACAUCGAUACUAUCCAACGUCGGCUCAUACGUCAUAAAUAUUAUACUCCAGAGGAUUUUUUGGCCGACAUUCGCAAAAUCGAAGAGAAUGCUGUCAAGGUAGGAGAUCCAGAGAGGCAGGCCAAGGUGGUUGAGAUGGGCGCAAAUGCUCGGCUGCAUAUCUCUGGAUUUGAUCCCAAAUGGACACCUGAAUUUGAGAGAUAUGCAGAAAGGAUGAGGGCCAAAAAGGCGGCGAGGCAGAGAAAGAAGGAACAAGCAAAGGAGAUUGGAGAAGAGAAUGGGCAAAACUUAACAGCGUCCGAGUCAACACAUCAUCCGAAUCCCAUUGCAGAAAUUUCAGGGAUGCCCGAUGCCGCUGACACAUCGUCUAAACGACCGAGAGAGGAGGAUGACGGCGCAGAGAUCGAAUACCAAGGACGAGAAAAGCGGUUGCGGGAUGACCAGCCUGACACAGCUGAAAAAGCCUCAGUGGACGCUCCUGAAGCAUUGACUAGUCAAUCCUUUCCACCAGAUAUUGCAUGCGAUUCCCCACAGCUAGACUAUCCACCAUUCAUUCUACCCGAACAAGACCUUCAAAACCUUCAAGCCGAGCUUGAAACUGCGACUGCAGAUCUUACAGUUGACCAGCUCGAACAACUUCGCGCCACCCUUUUCGAUAAACUCUGGGAUGAUAGGAAAGAAUGGAACAGGACAAUGACGGUGAUCAAAAUGAGGCAGAGGCUGCAAGAAUAUAUCAAAGAGGUUAAUAGUUGGAAAAACGAUUGAAGUUAUGAGGAGAGGAUUUCAUUGUUAGCAUGGUGUUCCCUAGAAUGGGCUUGAGGUGGAUUUUUUAGCGUCGCUAUGCAUCUGAUCUCAAAA